GAGGUAUUUAUUGGAGCACCAGUUGCAAAAUGUAAGGAAAGUAGACUUAAGAGUCCACAGAAUGUUAGAACCUGGCUGCUGUAUCUGCCAUGUACCUGGAGCAUUGGCUUGGCAGCUGAACCAGGUGGUUUUCCAGAUUGGUACAUGUUAUCCCUCUUUGGCACUGGAGCUGUUCUGAUGCGUGGAGCAGGCUGUACUAUUAAUGACAUGUGGGACCAGGACUACGAUAAAAAGGUUACAAGAACAGCAAGUCGCCCAAUAGCUGCUGGAGACAUUUCAACUUUUCAGUCCUUUGUUUUUCUUGGAGGACAGCUGACCUUGGCACUGGGUGUUCUUCUGUGUCUGAAUUACUACAGUAUAGCUCUUGGAGCAGCAUCCCUGCUUCUUGUCAUCACCUACCCGCUAAUGAAAAGGAUUACGUACUGGCCUCAAUUAGCCUUGGGGUUGACUUUUAAUUGGGGAGCAUUACUUGGAUGGUCUGCUGUCAAGGGCUCCUGUGAUCCAUCUGUUUGCCUGCCUCUGUAUUUUUCUGGAAUUAUGUGGACUCUAAUAUAUGAUACUAUCUAUGCCCAUCAGGACAAGAGAGAUGAUGCUCUGAUUGGGCUUAAGUCCACAGCCCUGCGGUUUCGUGAGGACACCAAGCAGUGGCUCAGUGGCUUCAGUGUGGCCAUGCUGGGGGCUCUGAGCCUGGUGGGAGUGAAUAGCAAUCAGACUGCACCCUACUACGCCGCUCUGGCUGCUGUAGGAGUCCAUCUGGCUCACCAGAUUUACACUCUGGACAUCCACCGACCUGAGGAUUGUUGGGAAAAAUUCACCUCGAACCGAACAAUAGGACUAAUGCUCUUUUUAGGGAUUGUCCUUGGGAAUUUGUGGAAAGAAAAGGAGACAGAUGAAACAAAGAAAAAUAUAGAUAAUAGAACAGAAAAUUAGCAAAUUAAGUUUAUCCAGGGACUUUUGAAGCAGAGUUUUACAAAACACUCUCAGGUCCUGUUAUCACAUAAUUAGAUUUGAAUGAGCAGUCUUAUGUUAAAGAAUUACAAACUAGAAGGUAAGACUUGGAGCAUACUUGCCUAGAUUUUAGGUUUGUACUAGUCACAUUCUUCCCCUGUCACAGAAACUGGGGACUCUUUAGGACUUGAGAUGACCUGGAGUACUUAAGUUAAUGCAUUCUUCUCAUCAUAAUUCUCAUCUGCAGUUUUGGGAAUUAUAUGAGUUUUGGCACUUUACAAAAAACCUGGUGCAUGUCUCAUCUAAAUGAAUGUCUCUAUAGGAAAAUAGACUCUUUUUAGGGGAAAAUAAAAGAAGGUUGGGGUUUAUUGUUCUUUAUUGUGACUUUUACUUACUGCCAAAAGCUGUAAUUCAGAAAACCAUUCUGUAUUUUAUAUUUCAGGAGAAUUUAAAUAAAUAAAUGAGGAUUUUUACCUACU